GGUUGUUCAAGGUGCAAGCACAAGCCAGUUCAAAGCUGACUAUCGUUCGGCUUGCGUACAUGUACUUCGUUGGCCGAUCGCGACGUCGGAAUCUCGACUUCCGAACAUCGAAAUUUCCAAACUGGUUGCUCGGAGUAUCGUCGCCGUGUUCCCAUCAUGUUCCCAUCGCGUUCCUAUCGCGAGCCAUGAUGGUAGAUCAUUGGCAGCGUUCCGUUAGCUUCCGCGCAGCUAACGAUGACCGAGAGAGGAGACACUGCUAGCGAUACAACGUGUCCGCUAAUUGUCAGUUGCCCCGGACCGUUCGUCGUUAACGAACGUUAAAUCUCCGAAGAGUCUUGAACCGGAAAGUCGUCCACGGAUUAUGGCGCUCGUCGUUACGGUGAAGAACUUCCAGGGGUUGAAGUGUAAAGGGGAGAAGGCGGUCAAAGUUGAUUUCCGAGAAGUGCCUCACUACUCGAAAUGCCUGGAAGAACACGGGGAUCACAUUCCGGUGGACGAAGUGUUCACCUGGAACCUGGGCAGACCCGUCGACGAGGGGGAGGUAUUGCAAUUGUCGGUGGUGUCGCGUACCGUUCUGAGGAACGAGAAGGUGAUCGCGAAGUACGGCUUGGUUCUGCAAACGGUGGUCCGAGAGGGCAGAAUCCUGGUCACCGAUUCGUUGGUAGAUCUGAACAACAAGCCGCUUCCGGCCGUCGUUUGCUUCGAAAUCCGAUACAAUCCGCCCGACGGGAGCUGCAGCUCGUACGCGAUAUCGGAGGUAAUGGAGGACGAGCAACAGGCGCUGAUCAACAUCGAGCAGAACAUCGCGAACCUCGAGAGGAGCUUCGAGCAAGCGAACUCCAGCUCCACCGGCGGCAAAAGGCGAGGCUCCUGGCAGAGCCCCGAGAAACUAUUGAAGAAGGGCUUCCUGCACAGGGGUAGCUCCACGUCGACCACUGAAAAGUCACCCGACCGGAAGAGGAAUUCCACGCUGAGGAGCAUGCGAUCCUUCAUGAAGCUGGGCAAGCAAAGGCCGUCGAGAGCCCGGUCCUGCGACAGCGGCUCCGAUACGAGGGAAUUGCUCGACAGAGGGGACUCGAGCUGCCCGACUUCCAACGAACCGACGAGAACGAACUCGUUGACGUCGUUGGAAACGAACAGCUCGGACUACGAGAGUCGCAUCAACGGGAUCGCGGACACGGUCCCGACGACGGCCGGCACCGAGACUGCCACCGCGACUACGACUGCGACAGCGACCACGGAAUCGCAGGAUGCGACGGUCAAACCAGCGAGAAAACCGAAACCAAAGGCCACCGACACAGGGCAGGCCGCCUUAAAGGCGCAGGAUUACCAGGUCUGCAUCACCAUCAUAGAAGCGAGGCAACUCGCGGGAUUGAACAUGGAUCCCGUUGUUUGCGUGCAAGUUGGGGAUCAGCGGAAAUACACCAGCGUCAAGGAGUCCACCAACUGUCCGUAUUACAAUGAAUACUUCGUCUUCGAUUUUCACAUGCCGCCCGUGAUGCUGUUCGACAAGAUCAUCACCCUUUCGGUGCAGCAAUCGCGGAAUCUCUUUCGCACUAAUCUGACGCUGGGCAGCUUUAAAUUAGACAUCGCGACCGUGUGGGCGCAACCAGAUCACCAGUUCUACCACAAAUGGGCGCUGCUGACGGACCCGGACGACAUGGCGGGCGGGCCGAAGGGCUACUUGAAGUGCGACGUGAGCGUGAUCGGGAAAGGCGACACCAUCAAGGUGCCGCCGAAGAGCGAAAAGGACGAGGACGACAUCGAGGAGAAUCUGUUGCUCCCCGACGGCGUGCCGAUCGAGAGGCAGCGUGCCAGGUUUAUCGUUAAAGUAUACAGAGCCGACGGUCUGCCGAAAAUGAACAGCAGUAUCAUGGCGAACGUGAAGAAAGCUUUCACCGGCGAGGUGAAAGACCUCGUGGACCCUUACGUGCAAGUGUCCUUCGCCGGAUUGACCGGCAAAACGAGUGUUAAGAAGCACAGUUACGCGCCGGUUUGGAACGAGCAGAUCGUUUUCACGGAAAUGUUUCCGCCCCUCUGUCAGAGAAUCAAAAUUCAGUUGUGCGACAACGACCCGGUCCACGCGACCGUGAUCGGCACGCAUUUCAUCGAUUUGAAGCAGAUCAGCAACGACGGCGAAAGAGGAUUCCUGCCCACGUUCGGCCCAGCUUUUAUCCACUUUUACGGCAGCAUCAGGGACUACAGCCUUAUAGACGAGCACUCGACGCUGAACACCGGACUGGGAGAAGGCAUUUCGUACAGAGCAAGAUUACUGAUAGCGAUUAGGACAGAAAUAAGCGACAACGUCGAAAUGGCGUCGUCGGAAGUCGAGGUCGAGCCUACCGUGCCUAUCAACGAAUCCGCUUACGCCAAGAACGAGGAGUUCUUUCUGUUCGUGACGAUCAUGGACGCCACGAUGAUCGACAGGAAGCUCGGCGACAAACCGAUGUACUUCGAGAUAUCGAUAGGGAACGCGGGGAACGCUUUGGACGGCCACAACGAAAGUUCGAAGAUGUGCGAGAUGGGACCGAGGGGCGGAGACCAGGAAGAGUUGCUGGAGGUGUUGAGCGGAUCCUGGCAGAGCACCACUCCGCCGAGUAAACCGAUGACGCACGACAAGAUUUACUAUUUCAUACCGUACUGGGACGACAAGCCCUGCAUCCACGUGCGAAGCGUUUGGCCCGAUUACCGGCGCAGAAUGUACAACAGCAACAUAAUCAGCAAAAUCGCGGACAAGCUGGAAGAAGGACUGUCGGAGGCACAAGCGCACGCGGACGACUCGUCGGGCGAGAAGAUACUGAAGUCCACGCUCGAGGAGUUGAGCAGCAACUGCAACCGGUACGUCGGCAUCAGCAAGUCGAGCCUCACCGGGCCGGGGGUCGGCAAGACGAAGCUCGACAAGGAGAGGAUGAAACUGUGCCAGAGAGAACUGGAGAACAUAGGGGUGAUGUCGAGGAACCUGAAAGCCGUGGUCACGAAGAGCAGCUUCAAAGAGAGGCUGAAGAUGGCUCAGAGCUACCUGCAGAAAUUGAAGUUUCUACUCGAAGAUCCUCAAGAUUCAUUACCGGACGUGUUUAUCUGGGUAAUUAGCGGCGGUCGCCGGGUUGCUUAUCAAAGAAUACCCGGCAGGGAUUUGAUUUACUCGAUCGUGGACGAGGAGUGCGGUAAACACUGUGGCAAGGUGCAAACGAUGUUUCUCAAGCUUCCAGGAAAGAAAAGAUUCGGGCCGCCGGGCUGGGCGAUACAGACGAAACUGCAGAUCUAUAUGUGGCUGGGGAUCUUGAAGCACAGGAAGUAUUGCAUUCAAGGAUUACCCAAGGGGUACGAACUCGGCCACGAACUUCGGAACAUCGACAGACCAAGGGCGCUGCCACCGGUCGUCAUUCAUUACGUUGAAAAACACAAAUUCCAGUUGAGAGCGCACAUGUAUCAAGCCCGAUCUCUGAUCGGCAGCGACGCGUCCGGUCUCUCGGACCCGUUCGCGCGAGUGAUUUGCGGCGAGUUCUGCAAAUCGACGCAGGUGAUCGACGAAACGCUGAGCCCCACGUGGGACGAGCUGCUGAUAUUCGACGGCAUCCUGAUAUACGGGGUCGGCGAGGAAAUCAAGAAGGACCCGCCGUCGAUCGUCAUCGAACUGUUCGACCAGGAUAAAGUGGGGAAAUCAGAGUACAUUGGCCGAGCGGUCGCGCGGCCCCACGUGAAACUGGUCUCCGAUUGUUACGCGCCGCCGGUGUUCCCUCCGUGUCUGGAGUGGCACGACGUCACCAGAGGGAACGCGAGGGCCGGAGAACUUCUCGCUGUCUUCGAGUUGCUCGAGCACCCCUCGACGAAAGACUACGGGUUCCCGACGCUGCCGGAUCCGAAGGAAAGAUCGGGUCAAACCGUUGGCUCCGCCGGCGUGCCGGUCACUCCAACUUCCGUCGGGCAGGAUCAGGGACCUAUACUUCCGGUGCCGGUCGGCAUCAGGCCGACCCUCGCCAAGUAUCGAAUCGACGUGUUAUUCUGGGGACUGAGAGACCUGAAAAGGAUACACCUGCUAACCGUGGACAAGCCUCGCGUGGACGUCGAAUGCGCCGGUCACAUCCUCUACUCCUCGGUUAUAGCGAACGCCAAGAAGAACCCGAACUUCGGCACGCCGUUCAAGUUCCUGGAGCUGGAGCUGCCGGAGCAGGAGCUGUAUCGGCCGCCGUUGACGAUCAGGGCGGUGGACUGUAGGAGCUUCGGCCGGUACACGCUGGUCGGCACGCACACGAUCAACUCGAUUCACAAGUACAUGUACUGUCCGCAGACGAAGCGGGCCAAGGAGGCCGAGGAGAGGAAGAAGAAUCUGUACCAGUGGCAGCAGUACACAGCUUUCGACACGCCGAAAACGAAGUACCAGCAGGCGUGUAUACUGGAGUCUCUGGCCGACCUCGAGUUCGUCUGCGGCGACACUGCCAUCGUGCUGGGCCUGGAGCAGGACUGGCCGACGAAGAAGGACAAGACCGAGCAGAACAUACGGAAGAAGCAGAGUCUAGCUUACGACGGGAGCACAGGAGACUUCGGCGCGUUCGAGGACGAGGACGGCUGUCAGGACUGGUGGACCAAGUACUUCGCUUCGGUGGAAGUCAUGAUCGAAGAGAACAAGGAGCUCCGCAAGGAGAACCCGAUGUUCCAAGCUCCGUCGAACGGCACGGUCCCAAUCUACCUGGAGGAGACUUGCAACCAAAGUCGAGGGAACAUCUCUGGCGAGAAGAGUCCUGUCGGCACCGGUGUUGGCGUUGGUGUCGGUGCUGGAGGCACUGGUGUCGGCACCGGUGUCAGUAACGCCGGCAGUGGCUCGAAGAAGGUGUUCGGGAUAAAGUCGGGCGCGAACGCUGCGAAGUCCGCCUCGAAGGUCAGCCCGAAGCACGGCUCUCAGCGGUUCCCGAGAACGGCGCUCCUGAAGAUCUAUCCGAACGAACUGGAGGCCCAGCCGGAGUUCGAGCAGUUCAAGGAGUGGCUGCACACGUUCGAGCUGUACCGCGGCAAGAAGACCGGGGACGAGGUCGAGGACGAGUCUCGGAUCGUCGGGAGCUUCAAGGGCGCUCUGAAGGUCUACAAGUGGCCGCUUCCCAAGGACCUGAUAGAUCACACGGUGAUGGGCUUCGACCCGCAGUAUGGAUUCUUCCAAGGCGUGCCGUCGAACGACCCGAUUCACGUGCUGGUGCGAGUCUACAUCGUCAAAGCGAACGACCUGCACCCGUGCGACCUGAACGGCAAGGCGGAUCCGUACGUGGUGCUGCAGCUGGGCAGCAAGCGGUUCACCGACAAGGAGAAUUACGUGUCGAAACAGCUCAAUCCUAUUUUCGGCAAGUGUUUCGAAAUAGAGGCUACCUUCCCGCAGGACUCGCUGCUGACUGUCCAAGUGCUGGACUGGGACUUGGUCGGCGCGGACGACAUGAUCGGCGAGACGAAGAUCGACUUGGAGAAUCGGUUCUACAGCAGGCAUCGCGCCACUUGCGGCCUGCCGAAACGAUACGACGAAUCCGGUUACAACAAGUGGAGGGACGCGACGAAGCCGACCCAAAUCUUGUCCAAGCUCUGCAAAGACGGGAAAGUCGACGGUCCUGUGUAUUCGCAUGGUCGAGUGACGAUCGGCAGGAAAACGUUCUCCUUGACCAACGAGGAAAUGGAGUGCUAUGUUCACUCGAAGGGGAUAGAGGAACACCUCGCGCUGGCGGUGCUCCAUCAGUGGCACGUCUUUCCGAGGAUCGGUUGCGCGUUGGUCCCCGAGCACGUGGAAACGCGACCGCUCUACAAUCCUGAGAAGCCGGGGAUCGAGCAGGGCAAGCUGGAAAUGUGGGUCGACAUGUUCCCCAUGGACAUGCCUUCUCCCGGGCCGCCUAUCGACAUCUCGCCGAGGAAGCCGAAAAGUUACGAGCUCAGGAUCAUCAUUUGGAACACGGACGACGUUGUGUUGGAAGACGAUGCGUUCUUCACCGGCGAGAAGAUGAGCGACAUUUACGUGAAAGGGUGGCUGAAAGGACCGGAAGACUGCCAAUCCACCGACAUUCAUUACCGGUCUCUGACCGGAGAAGGGAAUUUCAAUUGGCGCUUCAUAUUUCCGUUCGAUUACCUCGUAGCAGAAGAGAAGAUUGUCAUCAAUCGGAAGGAGAGUCUGUUCAGUUGGGAUGAGACGGAGUGCAAAAUUCCAGCGCGCUUGGAGUUGCAGGUUUGGGACGCGGAUCACUUCUCGGCCGAUGACUUUCUAGGCGCCAUUACCCUCGACUUGAACAGAUUCCCCCGGGGUGCGAAGAACAGCAAGCUCUGCACGCUGAGCAUGCUGAAGACCGACGGGACCGUGCCGAACGUGAACAUCUUCAAGCAAAAGAGAAUAAAAGGCUGGUGGCCGUUCUACGUGAAGAAGGAGAACGAGGACAUGGAGUUAACGGGAAAAGUGGAGGCGGAGAUUCAUUUGCUGACCAAAGAGGAGGCUGAGAAAAAUCCUGCUGGCUUCGGUCGAAACGAACCGGAUCCUCUUGACAAACCAAAUCGUCCAGACGCGUCUUUCAUGUGGUUCUUGAAUCCCCUGAAGUCUAUCAAGUACAUCGUCUGGCACAACUACAAAUGGGCAAUUUUAAAAGCUAUUAUUACCCUCGGGAUAGUAACACUGUUAUUAUUGUUCUUCUAUGCGAUACCCGGUUACUCUGUGAAAAAAUUAUUAGGAGCUUAGAUUCAUGGCAAUAUGAAUACACGUACGCGCUUGUGUACCAUGGUACAGGUUGCACGUGUACAUUUUUCUUAUUAACGUUCAACUGUAAAGAAACUCGAUACGCUGAAAAUAGUAUUUUGAUAUAGUAGCGAGAGAGAUAUAUUAGAUGUACAUACCAUCGUUAACGUUUAUUCUCACGCAUACUUUCGAGAACGUAUCUUGCAUUCGGUUGCGUUAAUUUGAUCAAUGCAUUUAACGGAAGCAAUGCUUCUUAUAAAUAUAUAUAUUGUUAUUAUGCGGAACAAUUUAAAAGACUUUUAUGAAGUUUAUGCGAGUAUUACCAUGGCAUAUCUUGUAAGGACUUCAAUCUUAAGGAUCUCAAUUUUAACUUAUUACUUACUACGUAACAGCACAAUUACAAAUACCAACAGAUACUUUACAUACCGUGACAUAUAUGCAUUUUCCGAUCCAUUUUUAAUGGAGGAAUAAAAGGUAUCUCGGGUUGUACAACGCGCGAGCAGAGGUGGGAGUAUUCCGAUUCACGCUCGUCUCGAAACAAGCGUUUUUAUUACACACUAUUGUUGUAUAGCGGACCAACGAAGCUGUAGAAAGGAUCAAGCUCUGUGUACAUAAUUAGGAAUCAAGAGAAUUAAUUAAGAAUCGUUGCAUACAGAACAUACGGGCAUAUACAGCAUAUAGAAUUUUUAUGAGAGAUUCCGUUAUAAAUAUAGUAUUUUAUUUCGUUGUAAAUAACUCAACAUGUAAUUGAUCA